UAGAGAAAAGUGAGGAUGGCGAAAUCACUUGAAUGUGAGUAUCCGCAGAAGGUUGGUUGGGCUGCCAGGGAUAAUUCUGGCCAUCUUUCUCCCUUUACCUUCUCGAGAAGGGAAGUUGGGGACGAUGAUGUUGCUUUGAAAAUUUUGUUUUGUGGGGUUUGCCAUUCGGAUCUGCAUACUGUUAAGAACGAGUGGGGUUUCACAACGUACCCCGUUGUUCCUGGACAUGAAAUUACUGGCGUUGUGACACAAGCUGGGAAUAAUGUGAAAAAAUUCGAAGUGGGUGACAAAGUCGGAGUUGGUGUCAUUGUGGACUCCUGCAAGGCAUGUGAUGCUUGCCAGCAGAACCUGGAGAACUACUGUCCUCGACCAGUAUUUACCUACAACUCUCUCGGCUUUGAUGGGAUAAGAACCUAUGGUGGCUAUUCUGAUUUUGUGGUUGUUCACGAGCGAUUUGUAGUGAAAUUUCCUGAGAACUUACCCCUUGACAGUGGUGCUCCACUUCUCUGUGCUGGGAUUACUGCGUACAGUCCAAUGAAAUAUUAUGGAAUGACAGAGCCAGGUAAACAUUUGGGAGUGGCAGGGCUUGGUGGGUUAGGUCAUGUUGCAGUGAAAAUUGGCAAGGCCUUUGGGCUGAAAGUUACUGUCAUUAGCACCUCCCAGAAAAAGGAAGUCGAGGCUAUCAACAACCUUGGGGCUGAUUCCUUCCUUGUUUCGACCGACCCUGAGAAAAUGAAGGCAGCUAUGAACAGCAUGGACUUCAUCAUAGACACAAUUUCCGCAGUCCAUUCCCUCGUUCCUCUGCUUGGUCUGCUGAAGUUAAAUGGGAAGCUGAUCACCGUUGGGUUGCCUGUGAAGCCCUUAGAGCUUCCGAUCUUCCCUCUAGUUGCAGGACGGAAGCUCGUGGGGGGAAGUGACUUUGGAGGAAUAAAAGAGACGCAGGAGAUGCUUGACUUUUGUGGAAAGCACAACAUCAGUGCAGAUAUUGAGCUGAUUAGGAUGGACCAAAUCAACACUGCCAUGGAAAGGCUGGCCAAGUCUGACGUGAAGUACCGCUUUGUGAUUGACGUGGCAAACUCCUUAAGAGGGGUGGUGGAGUAGUUCUAAUGCUAGCUUCGAUGUUGUUGUCUCUUAAUUAAUGAAGGCCGCGAUGCCAGAGUAUUUUAGGUAUGAGAUGUGAACUUCUAUGCAGAAGAGGACAAAAUAAUUUUUUUUUUUUUUUUGGCCAAACAGAAUAAUUAGUUUUCUGAACUGUUCUUGCAUCCUUUUAUUGCACUGGACUGAGCAUAUGGUUGUGUUCCGAAAUAUUUUGUUACCUACCCCCACCCACGUGA